UCUGGGUUGAUGCUAAAAUGAUAAGGGAUUUUCAGAUUUAUGGUGAUGUUGUAUCAUUUGACACAACAUAUAGAACAAAUAAGGAGUAUCGACCAUUGGCUUUGUUUGUUGGGUUAAAUAAUCACAGGGAAAUGGUUGUAUUUGGUGCUGCCCUUUUAUAUGAAGAAACAGCUGAAGCAUUUGAAUGGCUUUUUACUGUAUUUUUUAGAGCUAUGUCUGCAAAUAAGCCACAAACAUUCAUCACAGAUCAAGAUCCUGCAAUAUGUUUAGCAGUAUCAUUAGUGAUGCCACAAACAUACCAUUGUCUAUGUAUAUGGCACUUGGAACAAAAUGCAUUUAAACAUCUUAACCAUAUCUUUAGAGCUCAUAAAUCAUUUCCGAGUGAUUUUAGCAAAUUGCUUUAUUAUUACGAGUAUGAAGAUGAUUUUCUAAAUGCAUGGAAGGAAAUGCUUGAGAAGUACGACCUUAAGGAUAAUAGUUGGUUGAAAAAUACCUUUGCUAUAAGGGAAAAAUGGUCUAUGACAUAUGGUAGAAAUGUAUUUUCAGCCGGUAUGCGAAGUACACAGUUGAGUGAAAGUUUCAAUGGAUCACUAAGGGGCUACCUGAAAUCAGAUUUAGAUAUUGUACAGUUCUUUAAGCAUUUUCAAAGAGUUGUUGAUGAUAAGCGUGCUAUUGAAAGUAAGUCAAAUUUUGACAUGACCCAACGAAUAUCUGUUUUAAAGGUUAAGCUUCCUUUAUUGAUCCAUGCGAGAGAAAUAUAUACUGCAACCAUAUUUGAUUUGUUCGAAAAAGAGUGGGAAAAGUCAUUACUUGUAUCUAUAAAUGGCUUUCAUGAUGAAGGAGAAUUCUGUAAAUACAGUGUUAGCACGCAUGGAAGUCGCAGAGAGCAUGUAGUAGCAGUGAAGUGCUCAACAAAGGUAGUCUCUUGCAGUUGCAAAUUGUUUGAAUUUUCGGGUGUACUAUGUGGACAUGCUCUAAAGAUUCUGGACACAUUAAACGUGAAGGAUAAGAUUCCUGACCAUUAUAUAUUAAAAAGGUGGACAAAAGAUGUUACCAACUUGGUUGCAAUGGAGAUUAAAGUGUUUACUGAGGGAAGUGAUCCAAAAGUUGAAGUUAGUACAAGGUAUAGACAUUUAUGCCAAACACUUGUCCAAAUUGCAAGUGAAGCUUCAGAAUCCAGAGAAGGAUAUGAGCUGGUUGCACAGUAUUCCAACGAGAUAAUUGCAAAGUUAAAGGAAGUAAAAAUAAAAAAUGAAUCUCAUGAAAGUCCACCAGUUAUGAGCAAAGUUCUGCAUGAUGAGACAAUAUUUGUUGACAGUGCAAAUGUCACAAAGGUGACAGGGUUAAAGAAGAAGCAACCAACUCGUCGCUCCAAUACUCGACCAAAGAGUUUUGUGGAAAAGACUAGGAAGAAGAAGAAUAAGAUUCAAUCGCCAGUAUCUCCUCCAUUGCAAACUGUCCAACAUGUAAGUCACCUUGCAGGCCUCCAAGCACCAUGUCCGCCAUUGUCUAAUGCCACAACAAAUAAGGGAUUGAGAGAAGAAAAUUCUUACCCUUGGUAUUCUUCAGAAUUGUCCCAGCUAACAUCUCAUGGAAGUCUAUCUCAACUCCUAAGAGAUAUUUCAUUUCAUAACUUAAACAAGUACUCUCAAGGUUGAUCGCCAAUAUCAUGAAAGAAUGAAGGUUGCAUAGCAAUAUAACUCGUCACCACAAAGAUGAUUUUAGAACUUCUAUUUAUUCCAAAAAAAUAAAAAAAAUCAGUGGCUGUUUCUAGCUUUGGAGUGUAGUUUAUAAAUGCUUCCAUAUUGAAAUAUGAUUCUCUAUUAUGACAAACAUCAAUAUUGCAAUAGAAUUGAGAUAAAUCAUGGUUAUGUUUAUUAAUUAUUAUGACUUUGGUAUUUUUGUGUUGUGAAUGAGCAAGAGGAUGGAUGACUUUUG